CAAAAAACAAAAAUUGAUGCCUAUUGCCAUCCAACUCAACCAGAAUCCCUCAGAUACGAACCCUAUAUUCUUGCCAUCUGACCCCGAAUACACGUGGAUGUUGGCCAAGAUGUGGUUCAACAACUCUGAUGCGUCCUAUCAUCAGGCUGCUGUUCAUCUAGGAUUAACACACUUGGUGAUGGAGUUCGUUGCUGUAGUAACCAAUCGUCAACUAUCUCCGUCACACCCACUGUUCCGUUUACUGGCCCCGCAUUUCCUUUACCUUAUCGCUAUAAACAGUCGAGCCCUGAACAAGCUGGUAUCACCAGGAGGCUGGGUGGACAAUACAAUGACUAUAGGGAGGACUGGCUUGUUUAACAUUGUCAGCCGAAUAUGGGCAAAAUGGAGGCUAGACCAGGAGGGAACUUUGCCCAAUAAUUUAAAAAUUCGAGGGGUAGAUGAUGCAGAUGCGUUGCCUAACUACCACUACAGGGAUGAUGCUCUUCUCGUUUAUGGAGCCAUAGAGAAAUAUGUAAAGGCAGUCGUAUCUGGUAUAUACGACACACCACAGAAGAUCUUAGAUGAUUACGAACUGCAUAAUUGGAUCCAAGAAUUAAAGACGCCUUCAGAAGGCCCUGGAUUAAAUGGCCUGCCAAAGAUGCUAACAACGGUUGAGGACAUUUGCAAUGUUGUGACGCCGCUUAUUUUUCAAGCUAGUGUGCAACACGCUGCUGUAAAUUUCUCACAAUAUGACCAGUCAGGUUUUCCACCAAACUACCCUGGAGUUCUGCAGGGUAAACCUCCGAGUGAUAAGAAACCAAGAUCAGAAGAAGAUAUUGUCAAUUCGCUAGGCACAAAAUCACAGAUAUUUGACAUAAUGAUCGUUACCAAGAUACUAAGUGGUAGAGGAACAAAUGCUUUAGGUGAUUUCGAAGUUCAAUACUGCCAUGAUCCCAUCACCCUUACUGCUCUUGAUAGUUUUCGUAAAGACUUAGCGGAAAUUGAUAACGUGAUCAAAAAGAAAGACGAAACCAGGGACAACAAAUAUCCUUAUCUUUGUCCAAGUGAAAUACCAAAUGCCAUAAGUAUUUAGAUAAUCGCAGUGAUGAAACCCGAUUUACAAUGCUCUAUCCUUAGCGUCAAUGACAAAACUGAAACAGUACCUUGUAGUACACCCCCAAUGACAAUACCAACAAUCAAAGUUUAGAAUCUACUAUGGAGACUUUAGAUACGAGAUGAAAGUAAUAUGCUAUUUUAAUGAAGGAGAUUACACAUAGUCGUAUCAAAUAUAAGCUUACCAGUAGU